AUGGAGACCUGGUGCCAAGAUAUCGGCUUCGAGUUCGUCGACCUAGAUGCAGGGAAUGCUACCAGUGAAGACAGCGUUAUUGAUGAAAAAUUAGGCAUAGAGCGCGUGCUGGAAGCCCUGCAAUGCAAUAUGUGGAGAUCCAUGGAGAUGAAUCCUCCGAAGGUGGAGAGUGCAAAAGAGACGGAAGGCGAUGCGACGGAUGAUACAAAGCUCCAGGCAUUGCUACAAGCACUGGAGAUCGCUGGUGACGGGACGGUACGUGGAGCUGCAGAGGAGAAAGGUGACGAGGAUGACAUCGAUAUGGCCCAAUUCAGUGCGCUGAUCUCGGAGGUUCGCAAUGUACGCGACAAAGGCGAGUCCCUCACAGAUGAGCAACGUCGUGAGCGUGCUGCGGAGGUGGCCAUGAAGCUCUGGAACCUCCUUGGCGAUGACAGCGAUGGUGACGAAGAUUAG